AUGCACAUUGAUGAUUUCCUCGCCGCAUCCAAAACGAUAAGUAUACUAAAAAAGCUAUUCGAAGAUCUAAAUAAGCUCUUUCCAAUUACAGACCUAGGUGAAAUAAAAUGCUACCUCGGGAUCAACGUUAGACAUAAUAAAGCCGGAGAGUAUUCAUUGAACCAGUCCAAUUAUAUCCACGAAAUCUUGAAAGAAACAGGAAUGGUAAAUGCAAAAGGUUCAAGUAUUCCAAUGGACCUUGGAUACCUCAAGACAAGAGACAAUACUCCAACAGUGACAGAAGCGACUUAUCAAAAAUCAUCGGAUCAUUAUUGUAUCUCAGUGUCAACACUAGACCUGACAUUUCCGCCCCUGUUGCAAUAUUAA